GAAGUGAAACAGUCACAGUCACACUGUUCCAUCGUACAUUAGACCAGCUGCCUUAAGGAGCACGACACGAAGACGACACAAACAUUGACGACUGUGCCAUGCUGGCCGAAGGUUUUCUCAGAAUGCUGCGUUACAGGGAGGAGAGAAAAUUGGCCUCUCCUGCAAAAGUACAUAAAAUACAAAAAAUUAACUGUGAUCCUUCUGGAAGCUCCACUGAUCUGCACAUACUUUCAGCCGCUUCAGAUCCAAACAAAGUUCAGGAUCUCCCCAAAACCAAAGACAUGGUGCCACAAGGUGUUGUAGGGCUCUUGAUCCCCCGAGGUUCACCAGGCCAGGACCCUGACCUUCCUGUUGACUUGGAUAACUGUAGCCUCUUGCAGCAGUACCCGGACCUUAAGGUGGCUGAAUCAGGCUGGAUCUCAUACAGCCCACUGACAGCUACUGACGGGCAACACAAUGUUUCUGCUCAAGAUCUAGUCCUUCCAGAACGUGCAUCCCAGCAAACUUCAGAAGUCUUGCCUAAUUCAUCGAUGCCUGACCAAGGUUACCUGGUCAUGGGAGGCAGAGAGAACAUCAGCUUGGAUCUUCCUGGAUCAGAGUUGGAGCCCAUGUCUAACUCCAUGUUGAAUGGCUUCCUAGAGAAGCAGCUGGAGGAGGUGUACAUGCAGCAUCUGACAGACAACUUGGCUCGAUGCAACUCUCAGGGGAAUAGCCUCCUGCAUGGCUUGGUGCCUCCGCCACAGACGAGCUGCCAGUGUAAGGGACCAGACUCACUGGAGGCAGGACUCUACGGGGCCCACAGGGAAGAAAUGAACAAUAAGAGUUAUUUUGGUACCCAGAACUUGGGCACCUGCUCAUCCAACUUCAGCACACCAGUCCUCCGGAUUUCAGAGGAAGACAAUGCUUAUCUGUAGCCCCCACCUGGUUUGUAAAUCUCCCCUUAAAUUGUGUGUGUAUCCACAUGCAUUGACAUGGAGAUGAGUGCUUUUGUUUUUGUUAUUGUUGUUCAUUCUCACAUACAUUUACACAAUGUCUGUUUAUUUGGGGAAACAAAUGGCUCACAUUUAACGGCUCUCAUAUGCCAUCUGCUGCUAUGUUCUAGUACUACACCAAUCUUAAGUAAUUGUUGCACAUUUAGGAUCAAAUUCAUUGAUGAGUGCGUGUUUUUGGGGUUUGAAAUGCAAUAAAUAAAACUACAAAUUUUUGUAAGCAUGUGUAGCUCAGUGACAAAGACAUUCAUAAUGAAAACUGUAAAUGAGACAAUCUGGAACUGAACCACUGGUCAAAAUACAGGGGACUGUUUGUGAUUGGUGUAAAUAUGGGGAAGCAACUGAGGAUUUUAUGUUUGGGGGAUUUUCAAGUUUUUCAUAUUGUAUGAUUGUACACCUAUGUAUGUCUUUUUAAUGAAUUGAAAUUUUAUAGGUAAUAUUGAUAGAAAUGCACUGAACACAGAAAUAUUUUGAAAACUUAGCUGAAAGCACUACUUAUGACAAAUUCUA